AUGUGCCCACUAGACAUUGAGAAAAUAGAUAUGGAGAUUCUGAUAAUGGAAGUGGAAAAAAGGUCUUGUAUUUGGGAUGUAAGGACCGAGGAAUACAAGGACAGAAAUAAGAAGGAUGCAGCAUGGCAUGAAAUCUGCUGUGCAUUAUUCGAUGAUUUCGCAGAUCAUUCAAACACAGAGAAAAAAUCCGUUGGCCAGAAGGCACAACAAAAGUGGCGUAACAUUAGGGACUAUUAUCGGAAAUAUGUAAGGAAAGUGAAGAAAUCUGGUUCAGAAGCAGUAAGAAUAUUAAAAUACGUGUACGCUGACCAGCUGGGGUUCUUGGCACCUGUUUUAGAAACAAGAGAUUCAGUUUCAAGUCUACAGGAAGACGAAAUUCGGCACUUGGAACAUCCUUUGGAAUUUUCCCUGGCAGAAGACGACACCGGCAAUCCAGUAACAUCAGUUGACGCCUCAACACCUGAGCAGAUUUCAGUAGGCUCAUCAGUUCCAAAAAAGAAAACGAAACCAUUUGAACCAUUUGAUUCCUUGUUGCCCACGCUGCGUAAGUUUGAUUUAGAUCAAAAACUAGAAUUCCGUAUGGAAGUUUUACGCCUACUUCUGCGCAUCCGAAACGCGAAAUCGCAACCAUUUCAUGGCUGUUAUGCAGCGUGUCAGCAACCUAUGCAACAUGCACCAACGCAUGCAUAA